GACAUGCUUUGAAAAUUAAAAUCCAUGACAAAAUGACUCAGUUGUACACAUUUGACAAUGAGCAGAGUAUGAGCUAUCCAACUCAUUGUUUUACAGUCCGAACAUAUCCAGCACGUCGAACAGGUGUUGGACACUGGCUAGUUGCUUACAGAAAAGCAGAGGAAAGCCACUACAAAAAUGUGUACAGAAGGACCAAAGAAACCUACAAGGAACAAAAGAACAAGGGAGUUUCCGUGGGUAGGAUUUUAAAUAAAGACUUUCUUCUCAGACUUCACUGUGUAGAUGAGCCCUUUGAGCUGAGCACUGUGAGCUUAAUUGAGCAGAACUUAAAUGGUGUGAAUGACAAGGAUUUCAAUACGUUUAACAAUGUCAUUCAAAUAGAUGCAUCUAUAAACUUCCUGUCCCUAGGUCAUUUCAGGAGUUUUGUGAAUCUGAGAGAGCUCAACCUGUCUCUGAACAGACUGCAGGACAUGGCAUUCGAUCCACCUGACUUUCCACACUUAGAGGUUUUGGACCUCUCUUACAACAGCUUAUCCAUAGAUGCUAUAGCGGCUAUUGGCCAGCUUUCACACCUCAGAGUCCUUCAUUUGACUGAAAACCAGCUAUAUCAUCUCCCUCUUGAGCUGAGCUCCUCCAACCAUAACACAACUCAGCCAACCUCAAAAGACAACACACAUUUUAGAAGUCUUGAAGUCCUGAUGCUUGAUGAUAACAAAUUAUCUUCUGAUGUCUUCAAUUGCCUGAGACACUUGAAGAGACUGAAGUAUUUAAAUCUUAAGGGGAACCUAAUAUCUGAGGUCCCUUUAUUGAAACUGCUGGAGCAUUUAAAAACAGAACAGAUUUCAGCUGAACACAAUGAGGAAGAAGGAGAGACAGCUGGAAAUAUCAGUGAUAACCUAUUGAAACUUAUGCAGUUCUUUCAGCACAAAGACUGGGACUGCAAAGACUUCAAUUUUCCUUUCCCAGAACUUCAAUUUCUUAAUUUGUCUGGCAACAAGAUUGUAGGGGAAGAGGCACUGUUAGCUGUGGCCCUGUUCCCAAUGCUGAAUGAAAUCGAUAUCAGCUCUAAUCCCCUGACCACUCAGAGAAGCGGAGACCCCCCUCUGCUGACGUACUACCUCCAAGACAAACUGGGUGUGAAAAUAAAGAGGAAAAAUCAACAGGAAGUCAAGUCAUUAACAAAACCCAAUGUGGAGCCAAAGUGGAAGGCACACAAAAUGAUCCCAUAUCUAUCUAAAAAGACACAAGGACUGGAUCAUCAAACUCAAGCUGAAAUCAAGAGGGAGCCGACCACACAGCGGCCCUCUGACCAAACCACUGAACAUAAAACAGAACAGCCCUUCUUCGUCACUGAGAUGGAUGUUGAUUCACAAUUGGACACAGAGACUCCUUUCAAAGUGUCAGCAGAAAACCCAGACAGCGCUGUGGACUUUAACUCUCAGCCAUGGCUAACAGACAUUAAACCAGACCUCACAUCACUGGAUCAGCCCAUUGGAAUUCAGACAGCUGUUCGAAUGCUGGAGCACACACUGAAGAAUCUUAAUGUUUAUAGAGACUCAAAACCCAAGCUUGAUAGCAUCCAGACACCCUACAGAGAGAGAGAGAAAAGGAUUAAGGCACUCCCACCUCCACCAGCCCUGCCCCUAAAGCAACAAAGUGAACAGCUCGACCGAAUGAUUGAGGAAAUAAAACUCCACAGGACAAUGAGAGAAGUACCUUUAACCAAAACCAUUAAAAGAGAGGAUGGCAACAAACAGGACUAUAAGGAAGCUGUGUCUCUACUGAAGGACAUGAAGGCCAAGUACAAGAUUGUCCACAGAAAAACAAUGGAACAAGCCUCGACUCUUGGAUCAGAGCAGCCCCCAAACUGAGCCCACCCUGGCCCCAGUGGGUCCAGACUGACUGAUGCACAAAGUAAACACGAACAAUAGCAGCUCAUAAGGGGAUUCUACAACGUGCAUAUUUUUCUUUGCACUCCCAUUUUCUCAAUAGCGUGUCUGAUUUUUAGCCUUAUUAUGAACAAUGCAUUUUUGUGGUAACUUAUGGCCAUGAGGGAUCAGCCAAAUAAGGAGUUUCAUAUGUGAGUAUUCGCUGCAUUUGGCUGAGCUAUGGAGACGGCAAUUAUUAUUCAAAAAUGACAUUAAUUUCACAUAUAUGGGUAUACAGUGGUGGAUUGUAUCAAAGUAAAAGUUAUAAAGUACAGUAAAGUACUGUAUUUAAGUAUAAAUUUUAGGUACUUGUACUUACUAUACUGUAUGUAAUUUUUUAAAUGGCUACUUUUAACUUUUACUUCAUCACAUUUGAGAGCAGGUUUAUGUACGUUCUUCUUCACUACAUUUUUGAACAUGACUGAAAAGUAAAAAUAUUUUUUAUGAUUGUCUGAGACCUGCUGAAAGACUGAGGGUUUUGCUCCAGUAUCUGUACUUUUACUUAUUUGAGUACU